CAUCAUCUCAAAAUGAAGCUGUUGCAAUCAUUGGAUUUUGUCGAUCUGGAAGAGUUGAGAAAACUCUAUAGCCAAGAUUGGCCCAAAUAUUGCACAGAAGUAUUUAGUUUGAAUUUUUUUAUAGAUCUUUUAAAAAAAUAUCCCAAUACAAGAAAUGUUAAGGCCUAUACCAUAAAGGAUCAGGAAUUGGGUCUAUUUCUCAUUGUGGAUCGCUAUCAAUUAUUUGUGGGCUGUCUGGAGGGUGAAAAGGCUCAGCUUAUUUUGGAGCAGGCUUUGCGUCAAUUGGAUUGGUCAAGAGGUCUACAAUGCAGUUCCCUGCGCUCUAGAUACUUGAAUGCCGCCGCUCAAGUGGUUCAGGAAAAGCAAUUGCCUAUUGACUUUAAACACACUAGCAAUUUGUACCAUCUUAAACACGAAGAUGCCUUAUAUCUAACUGUUGACCCACCAAUUGGCUUCUACUUGAAAGCUCUAGAUAUUCAAAAUGCUCAACUUAUAGAUGAAAUGUGGCAAUGGAGUCAUCCGGGAUCUCUGUAUUAUAUUCAACGACAGAUUUCCAUGUGUCCGAGUGUGGGCUUAUAUCAUGAAGAGACCCACGAGCUGGUGGCCUGGUGCAUUAGAUCACAGGAUGGUUUUCUGGCCGCUCUACACGUCAAGGAAGCUUAUCAACGUCGUGGCUUUGGCGUUCUGGUGGCUCGAGAACUCGCCAGACGUAUAGCCCAGUUGGGUCAGGAUGUCACCGCAGAGGUCUAUGCCUAUAACAAGGCAUCGGUCAGUUUAUUUAAUAAGUUGGGCUUUCGAGUGAUUGAUCAAUGUCAUUGGUUGAGUACUAAGUCUACCAUCAAGGAUGUUUCCUGGCCCGAUGGCGAGUGAUGGUUGUAAUCAAUAAAGAUUAAAGAGUAUUUGUAUAUUGA